AUCCCCCCGAGGACGGUCCGGGAGAUGCCCUGGGGUCAAUCCCUCUCUUUCCCCCCCCCCCCCGGCAGUUCUGGUGACCCUGGACCCCUCCACGGCCCACCCGCAGCUCGUGGUGGCCCCCAACGGCCUCAGCGUGAGGUGGGAACCCCCCCAGCAGGACCCCCCCGAGGAGGGUCCUGACCCCAACCCUGACCCCAACCCCGACCCCUCGGUGCGGGGCCACCCGGGCGUCACCUCCGGGCGCCGCUGCUGGGACGUGGAGGUGUCGCCCCGGGGCUCGUGGGCUCUUGGGGUGGCCCCGGAGACCCCCCCGGGCGAGCUGUGGUCCAUGGGGCUGUGCCAGGGGCAGCUCUGGGCGCUCACGGCCCUGGAGCGGGUGCCCCUGGGGCGGGUGAGGGUCCCCAGGAGGGUGAGGGUGGCCCUGGACCACGACGGGGGCCGGGUGGCUUUUUUCGACGGGGAGAGGAGGGAGUUGAUCUUUGCCUUCCCCGCGGCCUCGUUCGGGGGGCGGAGGGUGCACCCCUGGUUCCUGGUGUGGGGGGAGGGAGCCCGGAUCGACCUGUGCCCCUGA